AGCCCAGAACACCUCACUCACCAGAUAUGAGAGGGAAUUUUACUUCAGGCGAGUGAUAGGCUCACGCACGUCACAAGAGAAGCUCUCAUCGCCCACAAUGUCUUCCCACUCUCCAUAGCUUCCAAUUGCAAGCAUCUUCAGCAUGCUUUCCCGUUUUGCCUAUGAAUUCCCUCUCUAUUUUCAUUUCUCCGCCACUAUCUCCCAGAGAAAAACCCUAAUCGGUGCCAACCACACCUCUGCCCGAUUCUGCUCUCGCUAAUCAAAUCCGUCCCUUGUCUCUCUUACUAAAUUUAGGAACCUGUUAACGAACAAAGGAAGGGCAGUCCUUUUUUUUUUUUUUUUUUUUUUCAAUUUUGUUUUUCUUCUACUCUCAUGGAACAUAACACAGGCAAACACAGCUUUCUGAGUAACAUUUUGGGGCGGGUGUUCUUAUUCGGUGUUUUCAUCGUCGUCCUCCGUUUCGCAUACGUUGUGACGCUCACGGGAGAAUCUUGUGAUCGUCGCGACUUUUGCUUCUUCUCUCUGCCGGAGGAUCUCAACCUCAUAAUCCCUUCCGUUGGCACCGGAGCAGCUUCCGCAAUUGGCACCGCGAACAAAGCCUUUAGAUCCACCUCGGUUGGUCCCUCUGGCGGUGAUCUCUAUACUAGCAAGGACUGGAUCAAGGCGGUCCAAUUCUACUCCUCGAUUUUUCAAGAUCUGAUUACCGAGGGUUACCUUGCUCCCACUUCGAAGUCCUUGUGCGUAGAGAGCGCAUCCGGGCAGGACGUGUUCUCGUUGAAGGAGAUUGGAGUGGAGGACUCCGUUGGAAUUUUCAAGAAGGCGUCGAAGCCUCUAGUCAUUAAGGGUGAGGCGCAUCGCAUACCGUUCGAGAACAAUACCUUCGAUUUUAUUUUCUGCGGUGGGGGCGGAAUCAACAAGUCUCCUCGGCCGUUAGCUGUUGCGGCUGAGAUCGCACGAACGCUCAAACCCGAAGGGUUUAUGGUGGUCCACGUGAGUGUUAAUGAUACAUACAGUCUCAAUUCGUUUCUUGAUUUGUUCCAUUCUUUUAAAUUGGUAAAAUAUCAUGAUAUAGAGGGUUACGGUUUGUCAAUGCCUAAUUUUAGAGAGAUUGUACUGAAGAAAGAGGGUGAUUUUGUUCUCGGUCAUGGCUCAAAAGAAGGGGAAAAUAAGUGCUUAGUUCCUGCACAUAAACGAGAUUUGGUGCGGAAAGCGGAGCCUUUGAUUUCGGAGGAGCCCUUGAAGCCUUGGAUUACUUUAAAGAGAAACAUAAAGAAUGUAAAGUAUUUACCGUCAAUGGCAGAUAUUAGCUUUAAGAGUAGAUAUGUGUAUAUUGAUGUUGGAGCUCGAAGUUAUGGCUCUAGUAUUGGGAGUUGGUUCAAGAAGCAAUACCCAAAACAGAACCAUACUUUUGAUGUGUAUGCAAUUGAGGCUGAUAAGACCUUUCAUGAACAGUACAAAUUGAAAAAGGGUAUUACGUUGUUACCAUAUGCUGCAUGGGUGAGAAAUGAGACAUUGUCUUUUGAGGUAAAUAGAGACCCUGGGAAAGAAGUGAUGGAUAAGGGCAGGGGAAUGGGAAGAAUUCAGCCCGUGAAAACCUCGUUGCGCGGUACCUCCAAUGGUGAAGUUGAUGAAAUUGAGGGUUUUGAUUUUGCAAAUUGGCUGAAGAACACAGUGGAAGAGAGGGACUUUGUGGUGAUGAAAAUGGAUGUAGAAGGAACUGAAUUUGAUUUGAUUCCAAGAUUGUUUGAGACGGGAGCAAUUUGUUUGAUAGAUGAAAUUUUUCUGGAGUGCCAUUACAAUAGGUGGCAGAGGUGUUGUCCUGGUCAGAGGAGCUCAAAGUAUGAGAACACGUAUGGCCAGUGCUUGGACCUGUUCAGUUCUCUCAGAUAUAGUGGAGUGCUAGUUCAUCAGUGGUGGUGACUGGUAACUAUUCUCUACAUUUUUAUGUUGAAAUUGAAAUUUUCAAUAGAAGAAGAAGAAAAAACAUAGAUGUCUGGUUUCGUUCCUUUUUUACAGUCAAAGGGACACUGUUGUAUUUUCUAAAGAUAUUUCCCCUUGUUUAGAAAUUUAUUUGCUUAAUAGUAGCAGACAAGCAGCGGCCAAAGGCAACUUCUUUACUUAGGCUCCUUGAUUUAUGUAUUAAUAUGUACUUUAUGCAGUCUACAAUUAGAGAGAUGAAAAAAAAUCAGUGUUAAAUAUAAGGUUCACAGUUGUUAUUUUGCCACUCUCAUAUUUAGAAUGUGAUCUCAGGACAGCUUUACCUAUGUUUUACUGUCUUUUGGAAGUCA